UUGCUAUUGCUUCUGCUAGCCUGGUGUCUCUCAAGCGAUUGAUGCCGUUUCUCCUGUUUGUCUCCGGGGGCGUCAGUCAGGGAGUGCAAGGGGAGCUUCUUAAGGGAAUCCCUCCAACUCUGUGGAGCUGGUGGUGUUGGCUGGUGGCACUCUCUUUUGGCCCGGGACCUGGAGCAAGUUCGAGCCGGAGGACAAGAGGGAGUAGUGAAGCUAAGGGUGGCUUUUCCCUGCACCCUCUGUUCUUGUUUCCUCUGCUCCAGCCCUGGGACCCUCGGGAAAUCUGCAGAAAGAGGGUUCGCGGAAAGGUGGGGCAGGUCCCACCUGACCCAGCAUCAGCCCGUGAUUGGUGGUCUACUGUUCUGGGAGAGAAAGAAGAAUUUGAUCAAGGCUGUUUGUGUUUGGCUGAUGUUGACAAUAGUGGAAAUGGACAAGAUAAAAUAAUUGUGGGUAGCUUCAUGGGAUACCUAAGGAUCUUUAGUCCUCAUCCUGUAAAAACAGGCGAUGGAGCUCAAGCUGAAGAUUUGCUACUAGAAGUGCAUUUACGAGAUCCAGUACUUCAAGUGGAAGUAGGAAAAUUUGUUUCAGGUACUGAAAUGCUUCAUUUGGCUGUUUUGCAUUCUAGAAAACUUUGUGUCUACGCUGUCUCAGGAACGUUGGGUAAUGUGGAACAUGGGAACCAAUAUCAGAUCAAAUUGAUGUAUGAACAUAAUCUUCAGAGGACAGCCUGCAAUAUGACUUAUGGCUCAUUUGGUGGUGUAAAAGGUCGAGAUUUAAUUUGUAUACAGUCCAUGGAUGGGAUGCUUAUGGUGUUUGAGCAGGAAAGCUAUGCUUUUGGGAGAUUCCUCCCUGGGUCCCUUCUGCCUGGCCCUCUUGCUUACAGUUCUCGUACAGAUUCCUUCAUUACUGUCUCUUCCUGCCGACAAGUGGAAAGUUACAAAUACCAAGUACUUGCUUUUGCAACGGAUGCAGAUAAAAGGCAAGAGACUGAACAGCAAAAGCUUGGUUCUGGAAAAAGACUAGUGGUGGACUGGACUCUAAAUAUUGGAGAACAAGCCCUUGACAUACGUAUUGUCUCUUUCAAUCAGUCAGCAUCUUCUGUUUUUGUUCUUGGUGAGAGAAACUUUUAUUGCCUUAAGGAUAAUGGACAAAUUCGGUUCAUGAAGAAACUUGAUUGUAGCCCAAGUUGUUUUCUCCCCUACUGCUCAGUUUCUGAAGGAACAAUAAAUACUUUGAUUGGAAACCAUAAUAACAUGUUGCAUAUUUAUCAGGAUGUGACACUGAAGUGGGCCACUCAGCUUCCCCACAUUCCUGUAGCAGUAAAAGUGGGCUGUUUGCAUGAUUUAAAGGGAGUAAUAGUCACUCUGAGUGAUGAUGGUCACUUGCAAUGUUCAUACCUGGGGACAGACCCUUCUCUGUUCCAAGCUCCAAAAGUUGAAUCUAGAGAACUUAACUAUGAUGAACUUGAUAUAGAAUUGAAGGAACUUCAGAAAAUCAUUAGAGAUGUUAACAAAACACAAGGUGUUUGGCCCAUGACUGAGAGAGAAGAUGACUUGACAGUUUCUGCCAUGGUUUCGCCUAAUUUUGAUUCAGAGUCUCAAGCCACUGAUGUUGAAGUGGGAACUGACCUUGUCCCUUCAGUCACAGUGAAGGUCACACUGCAGAGUCGAUUGGCAUCACAAAAAGCCAAAUUAUCAGUUUAUGUGCAACCACCAUUAGUAUUGACCUGCGAUCAGUUUACCUUUGAAUUUAUGGCACCAGAGAUGACUAGAACAGUAGCCUUUUCUGUUUAUCUGAAAGGAAGUUAUAUACCAUCUGAAUUGGAAGGAAAUGCUGUUGUUUCAUAUUCCAGACCAACAGAUCGAAAUCCUGAUGGUAUUCCUCGAAUUAUCCAAUGUAAAUUUAGACUUCCCCUGAAAUUAAUCUGCCUACCAGGUCAGCCUUCAAAAACUGCAAGCCACAAAUUAACUAUUGAUACCAACAAACCUCCAGUCAGCCUUCUCAGUCUCUUCCCAGCCUUUGCCAAUCAGUCAGAUGAUGAUCAGGUGUUUGUUAUGGGUUUUCACUUCUUCGGAGGCUCCCGAGUUACUCUUCUUGCUUCCAAAACCUCUCAGCGAUAUCGCAUUCAGAGUGAACAAUUUGAAGAUCUUUGGCUCAUAACAAAUGAGCUUAUUCUUCGCCUUCAAGAAUAUUUUGAAAAACAGGGAAUCAAAGACUUCGCAUGUUCUUUUUCUGGAUCUGUGCCCCUUCAAGAAUAUUUUGAAUUAAUUGAUCAUCAUUUUGAGCUGCGGAUAAAUGGUGAAAAAUUAGAAGAACUGUUAUCUGAAAGAGCGGUACAGUUUCGGGCCAUUCAAAGACGACUAUUAACAAGGUUCAAAGAUAAAACACCUGCCCCACUCCAACACUUGGAUACCUUGCUAGAUGGAACUUACAAGCAGGUAAUAGCUCUAGCAGAUGCAGUAGAGGAAAACCAGGACAAUCUGUUCCAGUCAUUCACCAGACUGAAAAGUGCCACCCAUUUGGUGAUUCUGCUGAUUGGCCUGUGGCAGAAGCUUAGUGCUGACCAAGUUGCUAUUCUGGAAGCGGCAUUUCUGCCACUGCAGCAGGACACUCAAGAAUUGGGCUGGGAAGAAACAGUGGAUGCUGCUAUUUCCCACCUAUUGAAGACCUGCCUGUCGAAGAGUUCAAAGGAGCAGGCUUUGAACCUCAGCAGCCAACUGAACAUGCCCAAAGACACAAGCCGCCUGAAGAAACAUAUCACCUUGCUCUGCGAUAGACUGGCCAAAGGUGGACGCCUGUGCUUAAGUACCGAUGCCGCCGCCCCACAGACCAUGGUCAUGCCAGGUGGCUGUACUACAAUCCCAGAAUCAGACCUAGAGGAAAGAUCAGUAGAACAAGACUCCACAGAGCUGUUUGCCAACCACAGGCACCUCCUUGCAGAGACGCCCAUGCCUGAAGCUUCAUCCCUCCAUGGAGUCUCGGAUUAGUUCAAGAAGAGUUGUCUGGAUGAGCGGAAGAUGCCCUUCCCAAGGCUGACGCUGUGUGGACCUCAUGCCAAGCACAGAUGUAGGGCUGGCCCAGGUGCUCCAUCCAGCUUGCCUUCCUGGAGAUGACACUAGAGAUGGGGAGCAGAACUUUUUAUUUUUCUAGGAGGACGUAUAAUGCCAUAAGCAAGUCAGUAGAAACUUGUCUGACCAGGAAAAGAUGUUACUGCCUUUUGGUCAGAUGAAUGCUGACAUUCAGAGGAUAUAGUGAGAUAACAUAGUUUGGGACAGACUUUACAAUGCAGAGACCCAAAUAAUUUGAUACCCCAUUUUUCACAGAAUUCUUAUAUAUAGUAAAUGUAUCAAGUUUAAUAAAGCAUCUAAUUGGCAAUCAAUAUCUUGAUUUUCAUUUAUAAUCAUAUAGGUGAUUUCUCUACAAUAUUUUUUCACCAAAGGAAAAAAAUUGAAAACUUUGUCA